AGCAGCUGCUCGGUUUCUACAGUAACGGCUGACAACAGAGAAGAUGGUUCACAUCACAGAGGAUCUGAUCCGCCGACGUGCCGAGCACAAUGACUGUGAGAUCUUCUCUCUGGAGGAAGUUUCUCUGCAUCAGCAGGACAUUGAGAGGAUCGAACACAUCGACCGAUGGUGCAGAGACCUGAAAAUCCUCUAUCUGCAGAACAACCUCAUCCCCAGGAUAGAGAAUCUCGGCCACCUAAAGAAACUGGAGUAUCUGAAUCUGGCCUUGAACAACAUUGAAGCCAUUGAAAACCUUGAAGGCUGCGAGAACCUCCAGAAGUUGGACCUGACGGUGAACUUUGUCGGGCGUCUGAGCACCGUCGAUUCUCUGAAACACAACAUCCACCUGACGGAGCUGUUUUUAGUGGGGAAUCCCUGCACUGAGUUCGAGGGCUACAGGCAGUACGUGGUGGCUGCUCUGCCGCAACUGAAGUGGCUGGACGGGACGGAGAUCAGCCGGUCGGAGAGGAUUCGAGCCUCUCAGGGUCUGGAGGAGGUGAUGAUUCGGGUCGGCGAGCAGGAGGAGGAAUAUCUGAGGAAGAGAUCCAAGGAGAAGGAGGAGGCAAAUAGGAAGGCGGCAGGAGGAGAGAAGGGAAACAAGGAGAAGAAACCAGGCUUCGAUGGCCGCUGGUACACCGACAUCAACAACACAACUCCAGGCUUGGAGGAGAACCAGGAUCUGGAGGAGAACCUGAAGAACCAAGAGUCUGAUGAGGGGAGACGAGAGCGAGAGUUCUGGGAGACGCCGUGUUCGUUCACCCCCGAAUCUCGUCUGGAGGCUCAUCGACACCUGGAGCAGAAGAGGACGGCGAAGAAAAAGCAACGGUAUAUGCCUAAGCCGAAGACGCCAAGGACACUGAUCGCCGCUGAUGGACGAGUUCUGAACGUCAACGAGCCAAAGUACGAAUAUAACAGCUUUUUAAAAGUGGCCACGUCGGCAGAUCUCAGCAGUAAACAGCUUUACAAAGCCGUUGAAUCCCCCUCAAUAUUUCAGAUGGUCCUGCCGGCUGAAGUGAAGCCCGACAGCUCGACGGCUCAGAGGUCCCAAACCACCGGACACCUGGUUCUGACGCUGCCGCUGGCUGAAGGUGAAAUCAAAGUGGCAAAGAUCUCCCAACGUCCAGCCAGAAAGUGUCCAAACAGACCCUGCAGCUCACCAGAGGACCAUAAAAGGAACAAAAACAAUCUCCCCGAGAGGCUGGAAGUUGAUCCCAGUAAACGAACAUCCGUCGAUGUCGCCAACAUCGUGCAACGCCAAAGGACCAAAGAAGGUCCGCUUGAAGUGAACUGGAACAAUCCACCUGCCACCACCGAUCACUUUUCAGAAGAUUUCGUAGACGAUCCAGACGUCCCGCCGCUCAUAUAAGAUGAAAGAGGAGUUCCUUAAAUACAAGUAAAUACCAAAUGCAGACCGAGUUUGAAUAACCGCAUUAAACACGUGAUGUUUCUGGUGGUUAAAAAGGCUGACUCGGACCUCUGCUUCCCCCAAACAACAGAUUGUACGGGU